AAUGGGAUACGUGGUGAGGGUGAGGUUUGCAUCAUUCUUCGCCGGGGCUGCGUUGACGUCGGCUAUUGGCCUUUACGUCCUUCGCGACGAUUACAAGUCCGCUCAUCAAUCCAUCUCUCUUCAGAUGGAUGGCCUCAAUGAAUCUCUUGAUGGCCGUAUCUCAAAACUGGAGAAGUUGAAAGAAGUUGAGGCAGCAAAACAGGGAGAGGCUACAGAGUGAAGUUCAAAAUUGUGUUGAUGUUUUGGUUUGGUGACUCUCCAAAUAUUUAUGUUCAUCAAGUCAGAGGCAGGUUUUGAUUUUAGCUAUAGUCAGCAGUCAAAAUAUUUACUGAUGUUUGGAAUUUUUGUGUGUGUAAUUGGAUAGAUGUCAACUGUUUCUUUUCAAUUUAGAGAUGACCGAAUCCACACACAAGCCCCUUCCAGCAACUAAAUUGCCUUUUGUAAUUUGUAUUAUUAAGGGAAAGUUAGGUGUUGUACCCUGGGUCAAUAUUUCUACGUUUGGA